GGAACCGUCCUUUAGCCCCGCCCCUCUACGCUCAUUGAAAACAGAACACAGCUGUUGAGGCGCUUCGUUCCGAACGUUAGCAUUAAAAAACUGUUAGCCGUGUCCCGGAUGUGCCCACUGGAAAAUCAGAAGAAUAAGGAACACGGACAACUUCGCCGCAGCCUGAGAGCAACGGGUCCCGACUCCAGAACCAGGACUGAGCUCCCCUCAGACACCAUGAGCAUCUGACACACACACACACACCUGAGGGCCGGGGGGCUUUUCUGAGGAUGAUGAUCGCUCUCGUGCUGUAGAGCUAGAUGCUGUGGGAAUGAUGGACCUCCCAGAUGGCCACUCGGGCAUCACCGCCCCCGCUGCACCGGUCUCUGAGAAGAGCAGCAGCUCAGGGUCUCUCAGUGAUAAAGGCUCCUCGGACCUGAAGAAGAGUUUUGACGCCGUUGUGUUCGACGUGCUGAAGGUCACGCCAGAAGAAUACGCGGGACAGAUCACGCUCAUGGACUCCCCCGUGUUCAAAGCCAUCCAGCCAGAGGAGCUGUCAAGCUGUGGCUGGAACAAGAAGGAGAAACACAGCUCUUCUCCCAACGUGGUGGCUUUCACUCGCAGGUUCAACCAGACCAGCUUCUGGGUUGUUCGGGAGAUCCUCCAUGCUCAGACGCUGAAAAUCCGAGCGGAGGUUCUGAGUGUGUACAUCCGCACCGCCAAGAAACUGUGCGACAUGAACAAUCUCCACGCCGUCAUGGCCGUGGUGUCGGCGCUACAAAGCGCCCCCAUCUUCAGGCUGAGCAAGACUUGGGCGCUCCUGAGUCGGAAGGACAAGGCCACGUUUGACCGCCUCGACUACCUUAUGUCCAAAGAAGACAACUACAAGCGUCUGAGGGACUUCAUCAGCAGCCAGAGCAUGGUGUCCUGUAUCCCGUACCUAGGAAUGUACCUGUCCGACCUGACCUACAUAGACUCCGCCUACCCCUCCACGGGCAGCAUCCUGGAGAACGAGCAGCGGUCCAACCUGAUGAACAACAUCCUGCGAAUCAUAUCGGACCUGCAGAGAUCCUGCACCUACGAUGUUGCGGUGUUGCCUCACGUGCAGAAGUAUCUCAACUCAGUGCGGUACAUCGAGGAGCUGCAGAAGUUUGUGGAGGACGACAAUUACAAGUUGUCCCAGAAGAUCGAGCCUGGCAGCAGCACGCCGCGGGUAAACCCCCCCAGAGAGGGCCAGGAAGCGUCGGCGUCUCCUCUCCGCGCCCGUAAAUGUUCCAUAAAAGGGAAACAACAGGGAUCUCAGAAGCGUUGCCUGCACUGUGCAGUAAAGUUACUGAAUCGAUUCGUUCUAAAUGAACCGUUACACCCCUGGUUGAUGGUGUGUCUCCGUUCCUCAGGGAGCAGCGAGGGCUCUGAGCUCAGCGAGGAGGUGUCCUGGCCGGCGUUUGAGAGGACUCGCUUCUAUCACUCUCUGGGCCCAGUGACCCGCGUGGCCCGCAUCCCCUACAGAGGAGUCCUGAGGCCCAGCAGCUCGGCGGAGUCAGAGGAGCUGGGUCACUUGUACCCCGGAGCGGUCACGAUGCGGGGGGUCCUGAGGAGGAAGACGGUGCUGAAAGAGGGCAAGAGACCCACCGUGGCGUCGUGGACCAAGUACUGGGUGGCCUUGUGUGAGACUCAGCUCUACUACUAUGCUGCCAAGUCCCUGAAGGCCUCCGACAGGAAGCAUUUCAAGUCAACGUGCAGCAAGUGUGUGUGUGUCGUGGGUUUGAUGACCAUGAUGGCCGACGACCCCGAGCACCCGGACGUCUUCUUACUGACUGACUCGGAGCACGGUAACACCUACAAGUACCAAGCAGGGAACCGAAUGAACGCUUUGCUCUGGUUCAAACACCUGAGUGCUGCCUGCCAGAGCAACACACAACAGGUUCCAGCCAAUCUGAUGUCAUUUGAGUGACCGAUGAAGAUGAAGAUGAAGAGCAGUACUGAAUGACUAUUGGGAGCUUUCACUGCCAUGAGCCCCCCCCCCCCCCCCCCCCACUGGAACUU